UGUCCGGAUCAUCCAGCAAGCAGAUUCACAUGAUGGUCAGCCAAAUUGCUCUGACCAUCCAGUUUGGUCUGGCCGCGGUCUUACUGGCGUUCUGGCGCGCAUUCACGCCAAACACCUGGCCCAAUCGAUUCAUCUCCUAUGUGAUCAAUUGUUUCUUGUUAUGGUGGUAUCCAAUCCAUUCGGCAGACGGCCGGACCUCGAUUCCGACAUGUCCAUACCGAUUUCCCGACGGUGGAGGGAGCCUCAAGUUUCUCGAAUACGAAAGGGUCUCUCGUCGAUGGGCGGAGAAGUAUGGACCGGUCUAUCGCAUCUGGGUUGGCCUGACGCCUGAGAUCAUUCUAACGCGGGCGGAGGAGAUUAAAACGGUCUUCAGGGACUCUGGAGAUCACCUGAAAGCCUCAAACCUGAAUGGGGGCUGGGUGAUGGGCGAUCUGGUUGGAGACGGGGUGGGCCUCAUCAGCCAGGGGCACUGGAAACGUGUCCAUGCGGUGGUCUCGCCUCCAUUUACUCAGAAGGCCACCACCUACGUUCCGUUGGUGCAGUCACGAGUGGCUCGACAAUUCAACGAGCUAGACGGGGACUAUCAAGCCGGAGAGUCGUGGCGUCUGAAGCCUGCCGAGGAUCUCAAGCUUCUGCCUUUCUGGGUGAUCGGUGAUCUCCUGUACGGAGAGCUGCCUCCGGACAUGGUGCAGGAACUCCUCGCCAUCACCGAACUGCGGACCGACGUCUUCCAGUAUGCCUUUAAGGGCGGACUGUCGCUCUUCUCCUUCACGAAACUCUUCUCGCCGACGAUCCGGGCCAAGUUGCGUGUCUUCCACGAGCGGUGGGCGGCAUUCAACCGGCAAGCAUACCAACGCGCCCAAGCCAGCGGCCAGGGCGCCGCAUGCGCAAUCGUACCUCUCUAUGCCGCGGUCGAGCGCGGCCAGCUCACGCCCACGGAGUUGAUGCAUACUCUCGACGAGGCGCUCUUCGCGAAUAUCGACGUCACGAUCGGCAGCUUCUCCUGGAUCCCGGCCUUCCUGGCCGACGACUCCGCCAUUCAGGAGCAACUCCGCAGGGAGAUCAUGGACGUACGGUCGGACGACUCCGCAGGAGCGUGGGAGCGGUACAUCGCCAGCCACUCCACGCUGCUGGCGAGCUGCAUCAACGAGUCGGCGCGACUGCGGCCGGUGACGAAUUACACGUACGCUCAGUCGAUUCCUACAGCACGCGACGUCGGGGGAUACCGCAUCCCCCAGGGCAGCUACAUGGUGGUCGAUACGAAUGCUCUGAACAUCCGCGAUGAGUCCUGGGGCCCGGACCCGACGAGCUUCCGGCCGCGACGGUUCCUGGCCGAAUCCCGCGCGACUUUCCGCUACCGGUUCUGGCGCUUUGGCUUCGGGCCGCGCCAGUGUAUCGCCCAGGCGUUGGCGGAUACGAUCCUCAAGGUGUUGGUGGCGUACACGGUCGAGCAUUAUCGUCUCCGGUCGCCGGAGAAGUCCGCCGCGGACACGGACGGCCGAGAGGCUCAGAAACGUGGGGAUGCAUGGUUCAAGGUUGCUGAGCAAGCGAUCAUCUUGGAGGCUCUGUAAUCUCUUUCGAGAAUGUGUCUGUGUCAUCGAGUUGAGGACCACAGUCAUGACUAUUUCAUUCCAUCUCAG